GAAUAAAAACAUAAAAACAUUAAUUUUUAUUAAUAAUUUGAAGGUGUUACGUAUCCUAGCAAUAGCAGUAUUAAUUAUACAGUGAAUAUGGCGGUACAGUUUUGAAUAAUUAUGUUUUUACAUUAUUCUGGGGGCAAUAGUUCAUAGUAUCGCCACAUUUCGGAUCUUUACUCUGGAUGGUUUCAUCAAUAAACAGUCUGUAAUAUUGCUGUAAACAACGGCACCACACCCCUUCACACACCCCAUGAAUAAUAUGUAGUUUCAGAGUCUUAUAAAACAUCACUGGUCCACGCCCAAUUCUCCAGCUCUAACAGAACAGUCCCGUGAUACACUGCAGACCGAAGCAGCCAAUCAGAUCAAACGCAGGAAGUCACGUGACCUUUCUGGAUACAUUUUAUUUUUAGACACUCACAGCAGCAGUUUCGAAAACUCGGUAUCAGAAGUGAAAGUUGGAGUUUUAUUUAGUUUUAAUCGCUAAUCCUGCUCUGUGAUAAAUACUGAGUAAUGUUUACUCUCCGGUGUGUCCGCGCCUGUAUAAAGGACUUCACCUCAUUUUAUUAGUUAAAGUCUACACUGUAAGAUGUUAAAACUUCUUCUGUUUCUCACAUUUUCUCCUCUUUCAUCUGCAGACACACACACUCUGCAGUACCUCUACACUGCAGUCACACCAGGAGUAAAAUUCACUGCUGUUGGUCUGGUGGAUGGAGAGCAGUUUGUGUACUACAACAACAACAUGAUGAGGAUCUCAGAGUGGAUGAAGAAGGCAGAAGCUGAUGAUCCACUUUACUGGCAGAAAGAGAAGGAGCAUGUGAAGGAUCAACAGGACUCACUCCAAAACAUUGUGACUACAGUAAUGAAGAGCUUUAAUCAACCUGAAGGAGUUCAUACACUACAGUGGAUAUACGGAUGUGAGCGUGAUGAUGAUGGCACCACUAGAGGAUACGAUCAGUACGGUUAUGAUGGAGAAGAUUUCAUCAGUCUGGAUCUGAAAACUGGAGCCUGGACUGCAGCUAAUGAUAAAGCUGAGAACUUCAUAAAUGAGUGGGAUCCUACUGGAGCUGAGGCUAAAGACUGGAAGGACUUCCUGCAGACUGACUGUAUUGAUCAGUUACAGAAGAUUCUGAAUGAUGGCAAGGAAACUCUGGAGAGGAAAGUUCGUCCUACAGCGUCAGUGUUUCAGAAACACUCUUCUCCAGAGGUGGUGUGUCAUGCUACAGGUUUCUUCCCCAAAACAGUGAUGAUCACCUGGCAGAAGGACGGAGAGGACGUGCAUGAGGACAAGGAUCUCAGAGAGACAUUACCCAACCAGGAUGGAAGCUUCCAGAAGAGAAUCAUUCUGACAGUCUCAGCUGAGGAUCUGCAGAAACACACCUACACCUGCGUGAUUCAGCACAGCAGCUUGGAGAAGGAGAUAGUGCUGCCUGUGAGCGAGCGCCGAAUCCUGAAUCCUGGUGGAGGAUCAGGUGGAGGGCGGAUUGGUGGUGGUGUAGCUCUCGUUCUUAUUGCCAUUGUUGUCAGUGAAAUUGUCUGCUGAAAGACAACUCCGCACACACGGCCCCGGCGGGAAUCGAACCCCGGACCCUGGAGGCAUGAGGCGAAUGUGCUUACCACUAAGCCAUGUAAACACCUUAAUCACAAUAUUAUCUUACUCAGAGUAAGGUCUAUAAUUACAUUACUCCUGUCCAUGCAAACGUAGUUAUUGACAUGGCAGUGGUGUGGGUGGGGGUGUGUGGUACUGGUACAAAUGUAGACAAAUAGUAAAAGAACAAAAUUGUUAAAUGUUUAAAAAAAACACAAAAAAUUUGCAUUUCGUAAUAAGAAAGAAUAACAUUUUCUUCUUGCUCUGUCAAGAACAUUUUAAACUAAGAAAUAUGGAAAAAGCAAAAUAUUAAAGCAAAAUACAGAAAUAGAAAAUAAUUUAAACAUUAAAAAUACAAUAUAUAAAAUAUCAAUAAUAUGAUGACAUUUAUGAUGAUUGUAAAAGUAUUAGUUUUAGCUGAGCUACAUUCAGACCUGCUGUAAAAUCCUCAUCACAGCAGCUGAUUUCAAGCCACAUACAAUAUCUCUACACCUAACUAUAUUGUAUAAAUAUCUCUAACCAUUCCGGUUGAGGAUCUCCUAUGAGUGUUAAAGGGUUAACGCGCUUUGGCGUUCACUGAGGCUUAAUAAUCAUGUAUUAAAUCAGUAUAUCGCUAAUGUUUCAGUAUUUUAAUUGACUUAUUCAAAUAUUCUUUAUGCUAGGGUUAAUUUUGUCAAUUUUUUAAAUGUAGUCUUAGUCCUGUCAAUUGUCUGAUAAAUAGUUUUUAUCAUAUUUAGUCAACUUUAUCCUAAUUUGUGUUUUUUACCCAUAAGGUUAUUAUUAUUAUUAUUAUUAUUAUUAUUAUUAAUUAAUUAAUUAAUUAAUUAAUUAAAAUUUCAGUUGAACAUUUUGUUGAUGAAAAUAGAGAUAUUUUGGUAAAGAUUUUAUUUUAGACUACAUUUUAGUCUCGUCUUUUUCCAUCAUCAGUAUUGCAUGUUGAUAUAGUCACAGUUAGUGUUUAAUGAACUCCGUGUCAUCUCCAUUGAAAAAAAAAGGCUCUUUCACACUGAGCACGACGCAAUAAAACGAAGUGAAUCACAGAUGAACGAUGCUUUCACACCGAACACGAAACGAUUGAUCGCCUUCAGCUAAUUCACUCCUGCACUAUAGGUGGCGCUGACCAAGAAUGCAUUUUACACCUGCACACUAGGUGGCGCAACCCACUACCUUUGACCCCUCAGAAUCAUUUAAAUGUUGGCGCAGAGCACCACAACACAAACUGUUAAGAAGAAAGAUUUUUUGUGUUUUUUGAAGUGGACCAUCGAGCUGUUUUAGUCUGAAUGAAAUAAUGUGAAAUAUAAUAAAUAACACAGCAGUGGGACAAAACCCCAGUUUAAUGUCCAAGACCAGCACAGUUUUAUUUUCAUGGUGGAAAAAAAUCAACACACUGGUUUGGGGAAAA